AUGAGAUCGUCAGUUUUUGCUUUAUUGUCCCUUGCAGCUUCAUCUUUGGCUGCUCCAGCUGCUCACCAACACCACCACCACCAACAUCAAAAGAGAGAUGUCAGCGUGAGUGGAAGCAUCUCCAUCUCGGGAGACUUGUCUGCCUUCUCCAACCCUUUGGAGAAAUUCCAAGACGGUGUCCACUCAUGUGACUCUGUCCCAACCGGUCAAGGGGUUAUUUCCGUCAACUGGAUUUCGGGAUUGGACGGCGGUUGGACCACCAUAAUGAAUGGCAACGGUGACACUUCGCAAAAGUGUAAAGACGGCUACUACUGCUCGUACGCUUGUCAAGCCGGUAUGUCCAAGACUCAAUGGCCUUCGGAACAGCCAAGCAACGGUAUCUCCGUGGGUGGCUUGUUGUGCAAAAACGGCAAAUUGUACAGAUCCAACCAGGACCAAGACUACUUGUGUUCAUGGGGCGCCAACAAUGUCAAGUUUGACUCGCAAAUCUCCAAGAAUGUUGCCAUUUGCAGAACCGACUACCCUGGUUCCGAAAACAUGAACAUUCCAACCUUGUUGUCCGCCGGUGGCGAUGCUCCAGUGUCUGUCGUUAAUGGUGACAACUACUACACCUGGAAAGGUGGCAGAACCUCGGCUCAAUACUACGUCAACAAUGCCGGUGUCUCAAUCCAAGACGGUUGUGUCUGGGGCACCGAAGGUUCCGGCGUCGGUAACUGGGCUCCCGUGGUCCUUGGUGCCGGUACCACUGGUGGCAAGACUUAUUUGUCAUUGAUUCCAAACCCAAACAACACUGAAAAGCCAAACUACAACAUUAGAAUCGAAGGUGGCGACGACAGUCAAGGUGACUGUAAGUACGAAAACGGUAACUACAACGGACAUGGCACUGACGGUUGUACCGUGACAGUCAACUCUGGAAAUGCUAAAUUUGUCUUUUACUAA